GUGUGUGCAUUUAUUUGAGAGAAGAAAAGGGAGAAAUUAUCAUUAGCACAACAAAAUCUAUCAAAGCUUUCAAACAUUCGCGACGCACAAAGCAGCCUCUCAUCUACAAAUAUAAGGGAAUAAAAUGGUGAGCGAUGUCGUUGAAUGGAGCUUGACAGCUACUUGUGCUGUGGUUUUUGCUCUUGUAAUCUUCUUCUACGCGAAGAAAUGGAAGAAAUCCGAAGGUGUUGGUGUUGAUCUGCUUCCAAGCCCUAAAAAGCUCCCGAUAAUCGGAAACCUGCACCUCGUUUCCGAUCCUCCCUUCCGUAGUUUCCGAGAUCUAUCCCAACAAUACGGCCCAAUAAUGCAUCUGAAGCUGGGCGGAGUGGACGCCGUCGUCGUCUCCUCCCCAGAAAUCGCCAAAGAAAUACUCAAAGACAACGAUCCCGUUUACACCAACAGGCCCGAAAGCAUAGCCUUGAAGAUAUUCUGGUACAACUACAUCAACAUCGCAUUCUCCCCCUACGGCGGGUAUUGGAAACAGAUGCGCAAGAUAUGCACCCUCGAACUCCUCAGCCCCAAGAGCGUGCGCUCCUUCGGCUCCAUCAGAAAGGACGAGGUUUCUCGUCUCGUGGACUCCGUCCGCCUCUCUGCCGGGGAGACCAUAAACCUAACUCAGAAGGUGUUCUCGAUGACGAGCUCGGUCACGUGUCGGGCCGCGUUCGGGAAGGUGUGCAGGGAUAAAGAUUCAUUGAUCAAGUUGGUGAAACAAGGGCUUGAUAUGGGCGCCGGCUCUUCGAUUGCAGACACUUUCCCGUCUUCGGUGAUCGCUCAUGCUCUGAGUUGGAGGACGAAGCGGAGGUUGAUGAAGAUGCGGAGGAAGCUUGAUGUGAUUCUUGAUGGCAUCAUCCGCGAGCACGAAACGAAUCGGAAGGAUUCUGGGAGAGGUAAUGGAGAGUUUGGCAAUGAAGAUCUUGUUGAUGUUCUGCUAAGAGUUAUGGAAAGUGGAGAGCUCGAGUUUCCAAUCGGCUAUGACAACAUCAAAGCAGUUCUCUUUGAUAUGUUCGCAGGUGGAACCGAAACAUCAUCGUCAACCAUCGAUUGGGCAAUGACAGAGCUGGUAAGGAAUCCACAAGUGAUGGCCAAAGCGCAAGCUGAAAUAAGACAAGUGGUGAAAGAAAGAGGCGGCGACGGCGUCGAAGAAGAAGACGUUCAAAAAUUGAAGUACCUAAGGCUUGUGAUCAUGGAAACUCUGAGGCUGCACCCUCAAGGCUCCAUCCUCGCGAGAGUUCCGAGGGAGGCGCGCCGAAUAAGCGGAUACAACAUACCUGUGAACGUGAUCGUAGUGGUGAAUGUGUGGGCGAUACACAGGGAUCCUAAGCAUUGGCUCGAUCCCGAGAGCUUCAAACCGGAACGAUUUGCAAACGAGGAUAUCAUCGGAAGCGAUUUCCGGUACCUGCCGUUUGGGAAUGGAAAGAGAAUGUGCCCAGGAAUCACAUUCGGAUGGGCUAGUGUUGCGCUCCCUUUGGCUCAGCUUCUCUACAACUUCAAUUGGGAGCUCCCAGCAGGCGUCGACGCCCAAGCAUUGAACAUGCUUGAAACCUCUGGCUUAACAACUUCGAGGAUACAAAAUCUUUUCCUUGUUGCCACUCACUAUCAGCCGUAGCUCUUAUUUCUUGAAAUAAUACAAUUUGGAGACAGUUUGG